CGUGGAAACUUCCGCAUUCCUGACGGUAGGCAUGCGGUCAUUCAGAUGCAGGACGAAAGCCAAUCCUCCAAACUUCCUGAAUAACGCAAUUUCACCGGCUGCGAGUUUAGUUUCCUCGUGUCUCCUCAUCAUUACACCUGCGCGGGGGGAGGGAGGAGUCCGGGCAGCAGGUAUAAGAAGACGAAGCGCAGGUGGGUUGAAGAUGUAGGGAAGCUGCUGCUGCUGCUGCUGCUGCGAGGCGAGGCGAGGCGAGGCGAGGCGAGAUAAAGCGUUCAAAAUGGGGAACUGGGUUAUCAACAAUGGAUUUACAUCCUUCAUGCUGGUGGUGUGGAUGGGUAUCAACAUCUUUCUUUUUGUCUGGUUUUACUUCUUCUACGACCUGGGAGAUCAGUUUUUCUACACGCGUCAUCUUUUAGGGUCUGCGCUGGCCUGGGCCAGAGCUCCAGCUGCUGUCCUCAACUUCAACUGCAUGCUGAUCCUCCUCCCGGUGUGCAGAAACCUGCUGUCUCUGAUCCGAGGCUCCUUCGUGUGUUGCAGCAGAACAAUGAGGAAACAACUAGACAAAAAUUUGAGUUUCCACAAACUGGUGGCGUACAUGAUUGCACUGAUGACAGCUGUUCACAUGAUCGCCCACCUGCUGAAUGUGGAGUGGUACAACAACAGCAGACAAGGCGUUUAUGACAAACUCAGCACUGCUCUGUCUAACCUGUCAGACACCGAAAACACCACCUACCUGAACCCAAUCCGCAUAACCAACCUCGAUCCACAGCAGAUUCCCACCUACUUCGUGUUCACCACCAUCGCUGGCCUCACUGGUGUCAUCAUCACUCUGGCACUCAUCCUCAUCAUCACCUCGUCCAUGGAGGUGAUCAGACGAAGCUACUUUGAGGUCUUCUGGUACACGCAUCACCUCUUCAUAAUCUUCUUCGCGGGUCUCGUCUUUCAUGGAGCCGGGCGCAUUGUGCGGAGUCAGACGAAGACAGAUCCACCUCAUAACUUCACCUUUUGUAAGGACCGCAUUGACGACUGGGGAAAGAUUCCUGAAUGUCCCAUCCCUCAGUUUGCAGGAGGGUUCCCACAGACCUGGAUGUGGGUGAUCGGUCCAAUGGUUCUGUACAUCUGUGAGCGUAUACUUCGUUUCAUUCGUUACCUGCAAACAGUCAGAUACAGAAAGAUCGUGAUGCGGCCAUCCAAAGUGCUGGAGCUGCAGCUGGUGAAGAGCGGUUUCAAAAUGGAGGUGGGUCAGUACGUCUUCCUCAACUGCCCGGCCAUCUCUCAGCUGGAGUGGCACCCGUUCACCAUGACCUCUGCCCCCGAGGAGGACUUCUUUAGCGUCCACAUCCGCUCGGCCGGAGACUGGACCAACAAACUCAUCGACAUCAUGCAGAAAUUACCAGAGGGGGCACAGGGUCCCAAAAUGGGUGUGGACGGACCUUUUGGCACAGCCAGCGAGGAUGUGUUUGACUAUGAGGUCAGCAUGUUGGUCGGUGCUGGUAUCGGCGUCACCCCCUUCGCCUCCAUCCUCAAGUCCAUCUGGUACAAAUUCAAAGACUCCAAUCCCAAACUGCGCACCAGGAAGAUUUAUUUUUAUUGGCUCUGUCGGGAAACCCACGCCUUCGAAUGGUUUGCCGACCUCCUGCAGGUGUUGGAAAGGGAGAUGGAGGAAAGAGGCAUGGCUGAUUUCCUCACCUAUAAACUCUACCUGACCGGAUGGGAUCAAAGCCAUGUCGAUCACGUGAAAGUUCGCUUCGAUGAGGACACAGAUGUGGUCACUGGGCUCAAACAGAAAACGCACUACGGCCGACCAGCCUGGGACAAGGAGUUCGAACAAGUCCGCAAAGAAAACCCCACGUCUGUGGUGGGAACUUUCCUGUGUGGCCCCGAGGCUCUAGGAAAGGUCUUGGAGAAGAAAUGUGCCAAAUACUCGGACGUGGAUCCUCGCAAGACCAAGUUUUACUUCAACAAGGAGAACUUCUGAGUAAACAAAGCCUCAGCACGUCGGAUUUAUGAAGGACAAUGAUUAGUGGGAAACUUCUUUCACCACAGACUAUCUGAAGUUAAUUGAUGACAAAGCUGCCAGACAGGACGGGUGUGUUUUGGCACAUUGAUCUAUACGGCUCCUGCUAAAGAGGCAUGGCAUGUUGUUUUAUCAGCACUACUCGGGGACUAGCUCACUCUUUUGCAAUUCUGGCCUUUUACCGUGAUGAACACUGAAUAAUUGUGGUUGCAUAAGCUGUUACAAUUAUGUAGUCAUUGUUAUAUUUUAAGCUGCAUUCCAAAUAAAGACAUCUUAGUUACUAAACAGGAUUAUAGAAAAGAAUUUGUUAGACACGUGAACCUCAGUUGCACCUUCAAUUAGAACGGUAUGCAAUGGGAUGCUCUUCUUUGAGGGUACAACAAUUAUUCCCACUAUCAAAUGUCCAAAAUUGUUGAGCAUUGACCAAAUGAAUGUCUUCAAACUUUUUUUUUUUUUUGUCUAGCCAAUUAUCUAAAACCUGUAUUUAGCAGUUUUUUGACAAAUCAUUUUUAUCGCAUUCAUUUUCUGUUGACUAGUUUUUUUUGUUGUUUUUUUUUUUAGCUCUAACGUAGCAUAUUUUUAGCUCUCCUAAUCAUCAGAAUGUGCCUACGAUUAAAUAAACUAUGUUGUACAUAACUGCACGGUAAUAUGUUACAAGGUGAAAGAACUAUUGAGCUCUAAAAUAUUUUGAAUUGGACACAGAUUUAUGGUUUAAGGAAACAGGUUUCUGGGAAACCAACAAUAGAUCUGUCAGUCUUCAGUAUUUCCUUAUCAAAUGAUAAGAAAUCAGGAGGAAGACUGUCAGUCACGUUGGCUGUGGUUAAUCAUCUGAAGUUACGGGAAAGAAUUUUUUUUUUGUACUGUUCAAAAGGCGUUCCUCAUGUACAAUAAACGAAUAAACACA